UGACGCGUGCGCACUCAACGCAGGCCGGUAGGACGCGGAAGGGGAAGAUGGCGGCGCCGAGCCUCCCCACGCCGCUGUACGGGCACGUGGGUCACGGAGCCUUCAGCGACGUGUACGAGCCUUCGGAGGACACGUUCCUGCUACUGGACGCGCUCGAGGCGGCGGCGGCCGAGCUAUCCGGAGUGGAAAUAUGCCUUGAAGUAGGAGCAGGGUCUGGUGUGGUGUCUGCAUUCCUGGCCUCCAUCAUAGGUCCUCAGGCCUUGUACAUGUGCACUGACAUCAACCCCCAGGCAGCUGCCUGUACCCUGGAGACAGCACGAUGCAACAGAGUCCACAUUCAGCCAGUAAUUACAGAUUUGGUCCAAGGCUUGCUGCCCAGACUAAAGGGGAAAGUUGACCUGCUGGUGUUUAACCCUCCCUAUGUAGUGACUCCUCCUGAAGAGGUAGGAAGUCACGGAAUAGAAGCGGCUUGGGCUGGUGGCAGAAACGGUCGGGAAGUCAUGGACAGAUUCUUCCCUCUGGCUUCAGAACUCCUCUCCCCAAGAGGGCUGUUCUACUUAGUUACCAUAAAAGAAAACAACCCAGAAGAAAUUUUUAAAAUACUGAAGACAAAAGGUCUGCAGGGGACCACAGCACUUUGCAGACAAGCAGGCCAAGAACUCCUAUCAGUCCUCAGAUUCAGCAAGCCCUAGUGUCCCAAGAGCCACCAAAGUACACGAGAACUGCCUGAAGCUGAAUGCGCUCACUAGGUCUGAGACCGAUGCCAUUCUUUGACCAAGAAAUUUUAUCAUAAAUUUGUUCACAAAGAAAAAAGGUGGAGUCGGGGUGGUGGUGGCCCUCAAGAGAUGAGGCAGGCGGACCCGAGUUUGAGGCCAGCCUGGUCUACAGAGUCCUGGUCUACAGUUCCAGGACAGCCAGGGCGACACAGAGAAACGCUGUCUGAAAAGAAAAGAAAGGAAAAGAAAAGAAGAGAAAAGGUGAGGCUGGAUGAACGGCUAAGAGCGCUGGUUGCUAGUACAGAGGUUGGGGUCCAGUCUUCAGCAGCCACAUGAUGGCUCACAGUUACCGGUAACUCCAUCGUACCAGGCACACGUGGUAUACAUACACACACAGAAAACAAAAUAAACCCUGAAAAGAAAAAGAUGUUAAGCUGGGCCAUGUGGUUUUCAGGUAUAUGGAUAUUUCUGUAUGUGUGCAAGUACAUGUAUAUAUUCUAUUUAUAAUUUACGUUUUAUUAUGUUUACAUAUGAAAGGAUAUUUGAUUUAGCAUUAGCUACAAUAGCAAAGUAAUAAGAUCACCCUAAAUGUCCAUCAGAAAGGAUACUAGUUAAACCUCAGCUAUCCAUUCUACGUCCAGAGAAUACAGUCAUGAAACCGGUCACUGGAGACCCUGAGCCAGAGGUUCCAUGGUGCCUAGUUACAACUGAGUGCAAAGAAGCAACAGAUGAAUUUUAUCCCAUACAUGCUGUUUUGAAAAGCCACCUGGGACAGAGAAUUGAUGUGUGCACAUAACAAAGGCUUGGGAGGGAAGCUGCAGGAAUAAGAGAACUUUCACUCUCCUGUGAUGGCGUUUGUUUUAUACAGUGGCAAUAUUAAACAGUACCAUAAACAGGAUGAAAACUGCAUCUGACAGGUGUGGCUUCAUUUUUUGGACAAAGUAACAUCACUCAAUGACUGCUGUCAGGAAGGUGUCUUUUUCUCUCUAGACAUCCAUAAAAGCCCACCAGAGCCAGUCAUGUCAUCCAAAAAGUCCAGCCACACACGCCUAUGGAGGUGACCUCAGAUGACAAUUUGCAGGGAUUCUGGCCACCUUCCCUCUCUGAGAUACUUCUUUUAGGGGUGGCUACUGGUACAUUGCCUACACCCUGUGAAUAACCCUGUAUCCAUAUGGAUAUAGACGCACUGACUGAAUUCAGUGACUUAAAUGAAUACACAGACAAAAUAUUUUUUCCCCUUUUUGUUUUUUGUUUUUUGAGACAGGGUUUCUCUGUGUAACAGCCCUGGCUGUCCUGGAACUCACUUUGUAGACCAGGCUGGCCUCAAACUCAGAGAUCCUGCCUCUAACUCUCAAGUGCUAGGAUUAAAGGCGUGGUGAAUGCCCAGCCAGAUAUAACCUUGUAAAGAUGUGUAUGUGAGAGUAUCUGCCACAUGUGGGCCUAUACCCACGGAGUCCAGAAGACAGUGUCAGAUGCUCUAGAACUGGGAUUGCAGGUGGUCGUAAGCUACCCAACACAGGUCCCCUUGAAGAGUAGUAAGUGCUUUUUAGCAAGUAACCCACCUCUCCAGUCAUGUGUCUAUAAUUUGAAAAGUAGGGUGUGAAUGAAGUUGAGAUAUAAGGAGGGUGAGGGGUGUUUAUGACUAAUAUACAUUAUAUAUAUAUAUAUAUAUGUAAAUUUUUCAAAUAAUACACAUGAUAAUCCUCAGAGUUCCUGAUAGAGUAAAGUGAGGAUAACAUGGUGAUCAAUAUUCUCUAUUCAUAUCUGCCAAGAUACAGUGUCAGGCUGACAGCCAUCGCUUAAAGCAAGAGCAGUUGUGAUAUUAGCAGGGUCUUGCUCCAGAAUCCAAAAGACCAGCAACUGCAGUUUAUCCUAGGGCCUGACAGAGCCUUGUCUGCCAUUUCCACUGAAUUUGCUGGACCACAUGGCCAGAAUGCCAGAACAGCUCAGUGGGGAAGGAGGUUGCAGGUGAGACCUCUCAGGUGCUCAGGAACACUUGUUUUCAACCUGUGGUAUUGCUGCCCAUGUGCCACAUUUGGGGAGUGGACAGCUGCGUGAACACCUGUUGGCUUUGGCAAGCUGCCCCAAUGGAGGCUCCAAAGGGGAAACUCCACCACACUGAACUGUCAAGAAUGUACAGGAUCAAUGAUUUUACCUUGUCUGCAACCUAUGUCAGCUACAGUUUCACAGCUGGCAGGUAGACUCAAGCGCCUGCCCAAGAGCAGCACACAUUAUUAUAGCACAGCAGCUGGAAGGAACACUGGUGUGUCUCCAUCAGUGUGGGCCUGGCCUGGUCCAUACCAAGUGUGUGCUGUGUUAGAGAACAGGAGCUGAGAAAGAAAGCCCUGGCAUGCCUCCUCUGGUAUGCAUUAUGUUCACCAGGCUGCUAUGGAGAGAAAGCAUUUCCAUGUCUCCUGCCGAUGUUGAGAAGAAAUGAAAUGAAAUAGUGUAGUGACACGUGAAAAUGCCAUAGUUAACCACGACUUCAUAUGCUAAUUCAGUGAAACUAAGCUGUUUCUUACCCUCAAGUACCCUAUUGAAUCUAUCAAAGACACAAUUACAGGAUGCCUUGGUGAUACUCAAAGGAGUCUAUAUUAAAGUUCACAGUAAAUAAGUCAAAGCUACCAGAAACAGAUGAAUGCCCCGAAUAAGACCUUUUGUAAGGAACACCUACAAAUGGAAAGAGAAAUUAUAGACACUGAAGGUGUUCACCACAGAAAGGUAACAUUCCUUCUUCCUCUAAUUAGAAAAGAAAAAAUGAAAGAAGAGUUGCAUUAUAGACCUGUAAGGUAAAGCUGGGUGAGGACAGAAGAGCUAGUGGCCGGGAAGGAACAAAACUUUAGAAUGUUGUGAUGCCUGCUGUCAACAGGCUACAUCUGGAGUUAACUAAAACUCAAGUGGGUAAGCACGGCUAUGCAGGAUUUUUCUUAAUCAUUUGAGGUAGAAAGACCCACUUUAAAGCUGGAUCUUUUACGAUGGGAAAUCCACCUUUAAUCUGGGCCACACCUUCUGCUGGGGCCUACAUAAAGGACACGGAAAGGAGGACACUUGCUCUUGCUGGCAAGUCCAUUCCUUCACUGGCAUGAGAGCCUACUUUUGGGUUCUGACACAGACUAAAGACCAGCUGAGACACCCAGUCACAUGCAUUGAACAAUUACUAGGCCUCCCAUUGGUAGACAGCCAUUGUUGGACAACAGUCUAUAAGCCAUUUUAAACUAUGCAUUUAUUCUAUAAGUUCUGUUCCUUUAGAGAACCCUGAAUAAUAAAAACAUUAAGAUGAAAAAUAUGGCUGAAACAAAAUGGAAAAGAAUGAUCAAUUUAAUUAAAUUGGAAAAUUCUGUAAAAUUAAAGUUACACACCAUGUUGAAGACAAGCUAUUAAAAUAUGCCUGACUAGAUAGUAGAGCAUUAUGUGACUAUUAAUUUAGAAAUACAAGUAGCCUAAUAGAAAAAUAAGCAUAAAUUAUGGACAUGUUUGUAAAAUAAUGACCAGCAAGAAUGAAUGAAACUAGGUCUCCCCAUAGUUAGGGAAAUAUGAAUCAUGACAAAGAUGACAGGAGAUGCAGUGCAGGUGUACAAUGCUUGCCUAGCUCACAACUCUCCCACUAGAAAUUGGAAAUUUUCAUUAAGACUAAGCACGACUGACAAGUAUGACCCAGAACCCUCUUAUUGUACUAGAUGCCCCAUGUAGUCAAGUGAGAGAGCAAUGUGACAUCAUGUAACCAGCAGUUUACACAUCCUGCUACCUGGAGUUCUACUGUAAGUCCUGCGUCCAGAGCACCUGCUGCAUUUGCUGAAGAAAGGUGAUAAAGAAUAUACCCUAUAGCACUUGCUCAAAUUAGCAAAAAUGGCCGAAAUAGGCAUUAGGAGGAUUGGUCGGGAUGAUGCUAAAUAGCAGCUAAGUGAAGGAGCGAGUAGCAAAAGAUGAGACAAGUAGGAAAGCCGCAUAUUAUUUAUGAGUGAAAACACAGCAUCAAGUAUAAGCCUCCAGGAGGAAGGAAGUGCACAAACUUCAGAACAGUAACCUAGCUCUGGGGAAGGAAGGAGAAUGGGUCAGAGAAUACAAAAGAGUAACAUUUUAUUUCUUUAAAAACCAGAAUCAAAUAUGGCAAAACAGUAUGGGAAGAGUACAAGAACUUAUAUUAAUUACUACUUUACGAAUAUUUGAAAUAUUUUGUAAUCUGAAAGAAUUUAAUGACACAAUAAUUAUUCACACCAUAAAAACUUAUCAAGUGUUAACAUUGAAACCACAGAAAAGCAUAUUCAUAUAUUAAAUCAUGAGAGAAAAAAGAAUUAAACUUUCAGGCUCGUAUCCUGUCUAUAAGUACCAUCAAAACUAACUAAAUAAAACCUGAAUGUGGAA